UGCGCCGAACGGAAGCGAAGCGUCCGUUUCGUUACCGAGCACGCGAAUUCCAUCGGAAAUGUUCUGCUGCCUGUCGCGUCUCAACCUUCGAUCUUCGGUCUGAACGAUAUAAAAACCAAAACAGAACGUUCGACUACACUUGAGCGUAGAAAUAAAAUAGUGCUGGCCGUUGCAAGCAAAAUGGAGGACGAGACACUGAUUUUAUUAGUGCAAUCGUACAGAGAAUUAUAUGACGUGAGCAACAAAAACUAUCAUAAUCAUCAGAGAAGGGACAGCAUUUGGGAAGAAAUAAGUAAAGAAAUAGGAUAUUCAGUUGAUGAAUGUCGGAGGAAAUGGGCAGCAUUAAGAGAUUGCUACAGGAAAGCUCAGAAAAGUAGGAGAAUCAAAAGUGGACAGGCUGCUACCUCCAUCAAGCCCUGGCGACUAGAGAAGCAGAUGAAAUUUUUGAAGGAUUUCAUAACUGACAGACGUCAAACAUCUAAUACAUGUUCUCAAGAAGAUGGCGGCAGUGAGGAAGUCGAAGAAGAUCCGGCGAAGGGAAGAAGUCCGAAUUCAGAAAUACUGUCCAACCCGAAUUCUCCGUCAGUGUCAAACCCGUCAUCAUCUGCUGUUCCCAAACGUCCAACCCAGGGAUAUAGACCAGCAGGAGAAGUUCUCCAGGACUAUAAUGAACACAAGAAGAUAAAAAAGGAUACAAAAAACGAAGGAGACUAUUUGCAUAAAUAUUUUCUAGCAGCCGAAGAUACGGUUCGCACCUUUCCUGUUCAGCUGCAAAUAGAAAUUAAGCAAAAGUUUUCUCAACUUUUGCAUGAAUAUGAACUGAAAGCCUUCAUGUUGUCGCAAGAAUCACUUUCCGUUGUUCAUAGUACCCUACCACCUCACCACAACCAGUUACAGUAUUCUCAGUUUGAUCAAUCAGACACAAGUCUUACACCCAUUCAAUAUGAUUAUUUGAAAGAGGAAUCCGACGAUUAAGUAUUUGUGAUGUAGAAUACAAAUAAAUUUACCAGAAUUUAUCCAAAAUUAACAGAAUUAGAUUUAGAAUAUAAA